UCUUACUGAUGACAUCACAGGGAAAGACUGGCUGACCAAUGGGAAGGCCCUAAAGGACUCUUGGCUCUUUCAGCUCCGCCCUUCCGCACACGUGUUUCGAUCCCGUGUUCUGAGAGGCUCUCGCUCAGCCGCAGCGGCCGGUUUCCGUGGCAACGGAAAAGCGCGGGAGUUAGGGAUAAAUUGAAUCUGCGACUGCGCGCCUUAAGCUGACUGAGCAGUCUCCACCGAGGGGGGUUGCUUUUUCAGACAACUGGGUUCGUGGGCCGGGAAAGCCUGGAGUCUUUGAUCUGAGUAGAGUUCAUUGUAACAGGGAGAGAUGGAUUUAUGUGUGGAUCGAGUUGAAGAAGUUCAAAAUGUCCUUCAUGCUAUGCAGAAAAUCUUAGAGUGUCCAAUCUGUCUGGAGUUACUCCAAGAGCCUGUUUCUACAAAAUGUGACCACAUAUUUUGCAAAUUUUGUAUGCUGAAACUUCUCAACCAGAAGAAAGGGCCGUCACAGUGUCCUUUGUGUAAGAAUGAUAUAACCAAAAGAAGCCUACAAGAAAGUACAAGAUUUAGUCAACUUGUUGAAGAGCUAUUGAAAAUCAUUCAUGCUUUUGAACUUGAUACAGGAUUGCCAUUUACAAACAGUUACAACUUUUCAAAAAAGGAAAAUAACUCUCCUGAGCCUCUAAAUGAGGAAGUUCCUAUGAUAGAAAGUCUGGGCUUCCGAAACCGGGCCAUAAAACUUCGACAGAGAGAACCUGAAAAUCCUACCUCGCAGGAAAACAGACUUGGUGCCCAACUCUCUAACUUUGGAAUUGUGAGAUCACGGAGGACAAAGCAGCAGGUACAAUCCCAGAAAAAGUCUGUCUACAUUGAAUUGGGAUCUGAUUCUUCUGAAGAUAUGACUAAUAAAGCAAGUUAUCACAGAGUGAGAAAUCAUGAACGGUUACAAAUCACUCCUCAAGGAGCCAAGGUUGAAGCCAAAGUGAAUCCUGCAAAAAAGGCUGCUUGUGACUUUUCUGGGGACAUAACAAACAUUGAACAUCGUCAAUCCAGUAAUAAGGAUUUGCCCACCACUGGGAAGCAUGCAGCUGAGAAGCAUACAGAAAAGUAUGAGGGAACUUCGGUUUCAAACUCACAUGUGGAGCCCUGUGGCCCAGAUACUCAUGCCAGCUCAUUACAGCAUGAGAACAGCAGUUUACUACUCACUAAAGACAGAAUGGAUGUAGAAAAGGCUGAAUUCUGUAAUAAAAGCAAGCAGCCUGGCUUAGCAAGGAGCCAGCAGAGCAGAUGGGCUGAAAGUAAAGAAACAUGUAAUGAUGGGCAGACUCCCAGCACCGAGGAAAGGGUAAUUCUGAAUGCUGGUUCUCUGAAUGGGAGAAAAGAACUUCCACGCUCUGACCAUCCUAGAGAUUCCCAAGAUGUGCCUUGGAUAAAACGGAGCAAUAGCAUUCAGAAAGUUAAUGAGUGGUUUUCCAAACGUGAUGAAAUACUAACUUCUGAUGGCUCACAUAAUGGGAAGCCUGAGUCAGAUGUUGAAGUAGCUGGUGCAGUGGAAGAUCCAAAUGAAGUAGAUGGGUAUCCUGGUUCUCCAGGGAAAAUAAACUUAAUGGCCCCUGAUCCUUGUGGUGCUUUAAUAUGUGAAAGUGAAAGAGUUCACUCCAAACCAGUAGAAAGUAAUAUUGAAGAUAAAAUAUUUGGGAAAACCUAUCGGAGGAAGGCAAGCCUCCCUAACUUGAGCCAUGUAACUGAAAAUCUAAUUAUAGGAGCACCUGCUAUUGAACCUCAGAUAACACAAGAGUGUCCCCUCAAAAAUAAACUCAAGCGUAAAAGGAGACGUACAUCGGGCCUUCAUCCUGAGGAUUUUAUCAAGAAAGUAGAUUUGGCAGUUGUUCAAAAGUCUCCUGAAGAGAUCAUUGAGGGAACUGCCCGAAUAGAACAGAAUGGUCACGAGAUGAAUAUUACUAAUAAUGGUCAUGAGAAUGAAACAAAAGGCGAUUAUGUUCAGAAAGAGAAAAAUGCUAACCUAACAGAAUCAUUGGAAAAAGCAUCUGCUUUCACAACUGAAGCUAAACCUAUAAGCAGCAGCAUAAGCAAUAUGGAACUGGAAUUAAAUGUUCACAGUUCAAAAGCACCUAAGAAGAACAGGCUGAAGAGGAAGUCCUCUACCAGGCAUAUUUGUGCACUUGAACUAGUAGUCAAUAGAAAUCCAAGCCCACCUAACAACAUUGAACUGCAAAUCGAUAGUUGUUCUAGCAGUGAAGAGGUGAAGGAAAAGAAUUCUGACCAAAUACCAGUCAGACACAGAAAGAAGCUUCAACUCGUGGAAGGUAAAGAAUCUGCAUCUGGAGCCAAGAAGCGUAAUAAGUCAGAUGAACAAAUAAAUAAAAAACUUGCCAGUGAUGCUUUUCUAGAACUAAACUUAACAAGCAUACCGGGUGUUUUCACUAAUGGUUCAAGUUCUUAUAAACUUCAAGAAUUUGUCAAUACUAACCUACAAAGAGAAGAAACAGAAGAGAACCUAGGAACAGUUCAAAUGCCUGAUAGUACCAAAGACCUCAAAGAUCUGAUACUAAGUGAAGGAAGAAGUGUGCAAACAGAUAGAUCUUCGGAGAGUAACAAUAUUGUAUUGGUACCUGAAACUGAUUAUAGCACCCAGGAUAGUCUCUCAUUACUGGGACCUGACACCCCAGGGAAGGCAAAAACAGCUCCAAAUGAGUGUGGGGAUCUGUGUGCAGCGACUAAAAAUCCUAAAGAACUUAUUUGUAGUGGUUCUAAAGAUACGAGAAAUGGCAGAGAGGUCUUCAAGGAGCUAUUGAGAUGUGAAGCUAACCACACUCAGGGGACAGGCACAGAACUGGAAGACAGUGAACUUGAUAUACAGUAUUUACAGAAUACAUUUAAGGUUUCAAAGCGCCAGUCAUUUGCUCUGUUUUCAAAUCCUGAAAAGGAACAUGCAACUGUCUACGCUCACUCCCCGUCUUUAAGGAAACAAAGUCCAAAAGUCACUCUUGAAUGUGGACAAAAAGAAGAAAGUCAGCGAAAGAAAGAACCUAAAACCAAGCACGAACAGGCAGUUCACACAACUGUAGGCUCUCCUGUGGCUUGUGAGAAAGACAAACAGCCAGUCGAGGAUGCCAAAGACAGCGUACAAGGAACCUCUAAGUGUUGUCAGUCCUCUCAGUUCAGAGACAACGAAACUGAACUCGCUAUUGCAGAUAAACAUGGAAUUUCACAAAACCCAUAUCAUAUACCAUCCAUUUCUCCCAUCAGGCCAUUCGUUAAAACUGGAAGUAAGAAAAACCCGUCAGAGGAAACGUUUGAGGAAUAUUCAGUGUCCCCUGAAAGAGCAAUGGGAAAUGAGACCAUGCAGAGUACAGCGAGCCCAAUUAGCCUAAGUAACAUUAGAGGAAGCGCUUUUAAAGCCAGCAGCUCAAGCAGUACUAAUGAAGGAGGCUCUAGUGUCAAUGAAGUAGGUUCCAGUGGUGAAAACAUUCAGGCAGAACUAGCUAUAAACAAAGGGUCAACAUUAAAUCCUAUGCUCAGAUUAGGUCUCAUGCAACCCGAAGUCUAUAAGCCGAGCCUUCCCAUAAGUAACUGUAAACAGCCUGAAAUAAAAAGGGAAGGAGACAGUGAAGCAGCAGUUCAGGCUGUUAAUGCAGAUAUUCCUCCAUGUCACAUUUCACAGAACCUAGAACAACCUAUGGGAGGGAGUCCUGUUUCUCAGGUUUGUUCUGAGACACCGGAUGACUUGUUAACUGAUGACGAAACAAAGGAGAAUAGCGGCUUUGAUGACAGUGGCAUUAAGGAAAGAUCUGCUGUUUUUAGCAAAGGUGUUCAGAAAGAAGAAUUCAGAAGGAGCCCUAGCCCCUUCGCCCAUACACAUUUGACUCGGGGUCGCCAAAGAAGGGCCAGGAAAUUGGAGUCCUCGGAAGAGGACACGUCUAGUGAGGACGAAGAGCUUCCUUGCUUCCAACAUUUAUUAUUUGGUAAAGUAACCAAAAUACCUUCUCCGUCUACCAGACGUAACCGUGUUGCCACAGAGAAUCAGUCCAAUAAAACAGAGGGGAACCUGGUAUCAUUAAAGAGUAGCUUAAAUAACUGCAAUAACCAGGUCAUGUCAACAAAGGCAUCCCAAGAACAUAACCUUAGUGAGGAAGAAAGAUAUUCUAGAAGCUUAUUUUCCUCACAGCGCAGUGCACCAGAGGACUUGACCGCUAAUACAAACACCCAGGAUCCUUUCUUGAUGUUUGAUCCUCCUUCCAAGCAAAUGAGGUGUCAUUCUGAAAACCAGGAAGUUCUGAGCGACAAGGAAUUGAUUUCAGACGAUGACGAUGACGAGAGGGAAACCGGCCUGUCAGAGGAAAAUCAAGAAGAGCAGAGUGCGGAUUCAGACUUAGAUGAAGCAGCAUUUGAAUACGAGAGUGAAACAAACCUCUCUGAAGACUGUUCAGGGCUCUCCUCCCAGAGCGAAAUUUUAACAACUCAGCAGAGGGAUACCAUGCAAGACAACCUGAUCAAGAUCAAGCAGGAAAUGGACCAGCUGAAAGCUGUGUUAGGGCAGCAGGGGAGCCAGCCUCCUGACAAAUCCCCUUCCCUCACAUUUUAUUCUUGUGCUUCUGAGGACCUGCUAAAUCCAGGACAAAACGCAUCAGAAAAAGUAUUAACUUCAGAGAAAAGUGAUGAAUAUCCUGUAAGCCAUAAUUCAGAAAGCCUUUCUGCAGACAAAUUUCAAGAGUCUCUGGAUAGUUCCACCAGAUAUAAAAAUAAAGAACCGGGAAUGGAAAGCUCUUCUACAUCCCAGCUGUUAGAUGACAGGUGGUAUGUGCACUGCUACUCACAGAGUCUUCAGAAUGGAAACCGCCCGUCUCAAAAGGAGCUCAUUGAGAGGGCAGAUGCAGAGGAGCAACAACUGGCCAAGUCUGAGACCCAGGAUUUACUGGAGCCGUCUCAUUUGCCAAGACAAGAUCGAGAGGAAAGUCCUUACGUACAGUCUGGAAUCAGCCUCUUCUCCGAUGACCCAGAGUCUGAUCCCCCUGAAGACAGAGCCCCAGAGUCAGCUCAUGUUUGCAGCAUGCCAACUUCAACCUCUGCCUUGAAAUUACCCCAAUUUCAAGUUGAAUCUGCUGAGAGUCCAGCUGCUACUCAUACUACUAAUGCUGCUGGGUAUGAUGUGAAGGAAGAAAGUGCCAGCAGGGAGAAGCCAGAGGUGACACCUUCAGCAAAAACAGGCAAAGGAAUAUCUGUGGUGGCAUCAGGCUUGACCCCAAAAGAACUUAUGCGUGUGCACAAGUUUGCCAGAAAACACCACAUCACUGUAACUGAUGUAAUUACUGAAGAGACUACUCAUGUCAUUAUGAAAACAGAUGCUGAAUUUGUAUGUGAACGGACCCUGAAAUACUUUCUGGGAAUUGCAGGAGGAAAAUGGGUAGUUAGCUAUUUCUGGGUGACCCAGUCUAUUAAAGAAAGCAAGAUUCUAAAUGAGCAUGAUUUUGAAGUGAGAGGAGAUGUUAUCAAUGGGAGGAACCACCAAGGCCCAAAGCGAGCAAGAGAAUCCCAGGAGAGAAAGAUCUUCAAGGGCCUAGAAAUCUGUUGCUAUGGCCCCUUUACCAACAUGUCCACAGAUCAACUAGAGUGGAUGGUGCAGCUUUGUGGGGCCUCUGUGGUGAAGGAGCCUUCAUUAUUCACCCUCGGAGAGGGCACUCACCCAAUUGUGGUCAUGCAGCCGGACGCCUGGACAGAUGACAGUGACUUCCGUGUGAUUGGGCAGACGUGUGAGGUACCUAUGGUAACCCGAGAGUGGGUAUUGGACAGCGUAUGCCUCUACCAGUGCCAGGAGCUGGAUGCCUACCUGAUACCCCAGGGCGCUGGCGCUGCUGCCGAUUCCUGCCAACCAUGUGUGGAGCCUGUCUCCACAGGACCCCACGAACAAGCUUAAGAAAUGGCCUUUUCCCAGGCCCUGGGAGCUCCUUUUUAGUCCUUCCACUGUCCCGGUUACUAAAUGUUUUAUGUACAUCGACCUGAAAAGAACUUCUGGCUGUGUAAGGGUCCCUUAAAGAUUUUCUGUUCCAAGUCUCCCUUUGAAAUCUGCCAUGAGCACAAAAUUGUGGUAAUUUUUCACCUGAAAGGAAUUUUAAACGCCACCAGUUGAGCAAGUUGCUGAUUCAUUAUUUAUCAGCCCUAUUCCUUGUGCCGGGGCUGUCGGCUUAGAGCUGGUGGCACAGAGUAGCCGGGCUCAGGAGAAUAGAUGGUUUCCCUGAAUUUGUUUCUCUGAAACCCUGUGUUCAUAAAGGCCAAGGGUCAAACUCUUAAAUGGGAGGGAGUUAAGGGAUCUGUGAUGCAACUUAAAAUCAGAACAGUCCUUAGGUAGCUCUUAAAUGUUGGAGUGGGGUAUUGGGAAGGGAAUCCAGAGGCAGGUGAUAGACAUAAAUAUGAAACUUGAUGAUUAAUUAGAAAGAGGCGUCAUGCUGACCCUGGUCUCCAAAAGUCUGGGUAAGAAACUGUGUUCAAAGAGAGUCUUCUAAUUCCCUGUUGGUAAUAAAUAAAAUGUUUAUUGUUGUAGCUCUGAUAUGUAACCCAUUCCUCUUGAAAUAUAAGAUCUCUGAUAUGAAUAUUUCAUGUCUGUAAAAUGACGGAUCCCACCAGAAAAGGAGCUGUUGCUUUCCUUGAGGUAAUUUUUUUUCCUUUUGCUCCCUAUUGUUGAACUGUACAGCUUCAUAAAUAAUUUCGUUUGCUGGAGGAAGAGAAAGUGUUUUUCAUAAACUCAUUAUCUGGGUCUGUUUCUAGCUGUUGGAAGGACUAUGUCUUCCUUAGCCCCACAGUGCAUGGGGGCAGUGCAGACUUGAUUAUACAAAAUACAUUUGUCAAUGUUGUACUAUUCACCUUCAAAUAAAGUUGGUAGCAAACACUU